AUGAGGGAUUGUUCUGGAAGUACAGCAGCUGUUUGUACAGCAACUCAACUUUCCACAGGAAGUUUACAAACUACACCAUUGCCUGGAUGUGAAUGUAAGUGCAUGGUUUAAUGUAUUAGUGACUAUGGUAAUUAAUUACCAUGGUGAUGGCAAUGGUAGCAAUUUUACAUUCUUUAGAUUGUACCACCCUAAGUACCGGUACCGAUGUCAAAACACCAGCAAAAAGUUCAUCUGGCUCAAGCAGCCUUCAACUAACAAUAAUCAUUGUUUGUGUAAUCCUGCUGAUUGUGAUUGUACUAUUGGUCGUAAUAUUCCUCCUGUAUCGCAGACGAGCACUGUGCUUUGGUAAAAUGAAACAGCGAAACACGACAGUGCGUGUUGAACUUCAGAACGUAGAGAAUUCACAGGAACCUGCUUAUUAA